CUUUGUAUGACUGAACCACAUCUGCGGAGGGGCAUUGACCAACAGAGUCCCAGCCAGGGACAGACAGGCACAGCGACGUCCCCUGUCUCCGCCGCGCACCGCAGCAGGACCCGGAGCCCGACAAAAGGAGGGAAAACUGCGCUCCUCUUUUUUUUUAAUUCUCCAGCCUUCCCCCCCACAACCACCGCGGCGCUUUCCACCGGGAACUUUGGUCCUCUGAGCUGCAGCCGCAGGAGCAUGAGAGCCCGGCGUGUGGAGAAGAAGCGCGUCCAGCCUAAACUUUAAGAAGUCUCUGCUUGAUUUUUCCUGACAAAAACCUGAAAAAACUUCGCGUUUUAAUGGACCGAAGCCCUUAGUUGUCCCCCCUCCCCCCUAAGUUUUAUUAGUGCCCGGCAAUAAAGAGAGCAGAAAGUGGAAGAGCAGAUCGGAGGGAGACGUGGAUGUAUUUUUAGCCAUGGAUGUAACAGUUUACCCGCCUCCUCCUCAGCCUCUGUCCGCUUCAGACCACUCCAGACUGGGACAGCUCUCCUACCCUGACCCGGCUUUUGGGACCAACAAGUUGGAUGGGGACACUAUGUUCCUGGGUAUGCCAGAAGCAGGCCUUGACUUCACCUCCGCCUAUCAGUUUCGUGUGCCGCAGCCCCCUCACCCACUCAGCAAGGGGACGCCACCGAACCCGGCAUCCCAGCAGUGGAGGAGGGACCCACACAUGGCCGACAACCACCGUCUGCCCUGGUCCUAUUCCAUGAACGGCUUCAGUGAUGAGGAUUUCAACAUCCCGCCCAUCACGCCCCCAAAUUUGCCAGACCACAUGCUGCCCCCUCACCUCGCCCACGAUGCUUCCCCGAGGCCGUACCAGCCCCUGGAGCCCCCGCCCAGCUCGGCUGCAGGCCACGCCUACCAGCUGCAGGGCAUGGACCUGCCCGGCAUGCCCGCCGGCCAGGACGGAGCCGCUGGGCUGAACCAAGACGGCGAGGCCUUCAGCCCGGACGGCGGGCCGAUGACCAGCACUCUGUCCGUGAUGCAGCAGAUGGUGAACUCAGAUUCUCGAUUUACCGGCAGCCAGCAGCCAAUCAAGGCGGCGCUCGGACCCAGGAGCCAAUCGGGCCCCAGCCAACAAAACCAGCUGUCCACAAUCAACCAAUCCCAGCUGGGGCUGAACGGGAACCCUGCUUCCCAUAGUUCCCCUUCACCCCCUGGCAGUAAAUCUACCACUCCGUCCCCUCCCAGUUCAGCCCACGAGGACGACAACGACGACGGAGUCAGGGGAGAAAAGCGGCCUGCUGCAGUGGACAUCUCAAAGAAACCCAAAACGCCAAAGAAGAAGAAGCGAAAGGACCCCAACGAGCCAGUGAAGCCCGUGUCAGCCUACGCCUUGUUCUUCAGGGACACCCAGGCCAACAUUAAGGCCCAGAACCCCAACGCCACCUUCGGGGAGGUCUCAAAGAUCGUGGCCUCCAUGUGGGACGGCCUGGGAGAGGAACAGAAGCAGGUGUACAAGAAGAGAACAGAAACGGCUAAGAAGGAGUAUCUGAAACAACUGGCUGCCUAUAGAGCCAGUCUGGUCUCCCAGAGUUACAAUGACCCAAACGAGAUGAAAGCCCCUCACUCAGCCUCCAACUCUUCCCCCUCUCCUACCUCAAUGUUCACCCCCAAGUCCUCAGUUUAUCCUGGUCACCCAGGUCAGCACUCUUCCCCCGGCUCAAUCCCCCACCCUCACUCUCUCCCUCCCCACCAGCACCCAGCCAUGUACAUGCAGUACCCGCACCCCUCCCACUCCUCGAGCCCUGGCCUCGGCCCACACAUACCUCCUCACCACCAGAUCCAUCCCCAGCUGCAGGCUCUGUCCUCCAGGGGGACGGUGCCCCGGGCCAGCGCGCCCCACCAGGGAGCCCUGUCCCUCGGCAAUGUGGCGGCGGCAUCCACCCCUCCUCUCCAGGUCAGCCCUCCUCUCCACAGUCAGGCACAUCUGGGAGGGCUGCACAGCCCGCACCAUCAGCACCAGCAUCUCAGUGGGCACUCUCUGGGAAUGUCACACUCCCCUGCCAUCACACAGGGCUACCAUCCUUCUCUCCAGUCUGACUACCAGUCAAUGGGAGGAGGUAUGCUGAAUAGUGGAGCAGUAAUGUCUUCAUCGAUGGACUACCACCAGCUGGGCCGCCAUACACCGAACCACCACCCUUCCUUGGACUGGAGCACUGAAUACCAUGGCAAUGGAAGUCUUCAGAGAGACAAACCUUUGUAUCUGAGCUAAUCUCAGGACAAAACGGCACCAAAUAUGGACCCUUCUACUGCCACAACGGGAACUUCAGCAUUGAGUCGGCCCGGUACUGACUUCAACCCAAUGAAAUCUCCUACGAAAAAUGAACUCGCAGUGGACUGGUCAUCAGAGUGUGAAGUAAAACUUGAAUUCAGCACUUAAAAAAAAAAAAAAAUUCCAAGCAGAAGAAAAUCCAAUGAGUUUGUAUAUAGUACUGCUAUCUCUUUAAAGUAUAACAGUGUUUACACAGUGACAUAAACAUCUGUUAUUGGCCAUACCACUCACUGCGUAAUUGUUCCCAUUUUUGCUGAUAAGUAUAUGGAUGGAAAGAGGUGGGUAGAUCCUGUGCUGUGAACCAUGCCGGCUGGUGUACAUACUCCCAACAUUCGAAUAUUUUCUGUCUUCACAGAGGUUUUUUCAUACAUAGUUUCUUGUUUUUACUGAGAAUGGUGUUUAUAUUCAGCGCCAGAGGGUUCUGUAGAUCAUGUGUAAAUUGUUGUAACAUAAUUGGUUAAAUGGACAAUUUAAGGCCAGCCCUUUUCUGUUCCUUUGAGCUCAAAGCCGCUGUGUUUCCUACAGUCAAAGCCAAAAGAGCACAGCGUUAAAAACGUACCAAUAUAAACCAAAUAUUACUCCCGUUGUGUUUCCUUCCACUGAUUCUUAAGUUAAAAGCUGAUUCAGAGCGAUGUGAUCUGAACUCCCAUGUGCUUGGGUGACCCUGAGAAGGGAACACAUUAAUCAAAACACCCGAUUUAUGUUGCUUUCUUAAAGAUAAAUAGGAGAACACCCCCCCCCCUAAACUUUUCUUUGCUUGUUUAUCCAGGCUCUAAAUGUGAAUACAUGUUUAAGAUUAAAUAACUUUCACUGUUAUCUUGAAGAAAUCUGAAGUAUUUUAGUCCCUGAAAUGAUAAAAUGUUCAACAUUUCUUCGUUGAAAAAAGAAGUACUCCUUUGUAUGGUGCCAGCCCCGCUUCCUGGCAUAUGUCUGUUGAUAAUACGGAUUUGAAUCCAAGCAGCGUGCGAGUGUGCGAGGUGUUAAUAAGACCGCAGAGUGGCCGACUGGUUUGCAUGGUCUCUUUUAUCAUCUCUAUUUCUCUGUGCUCAGAGACUAUUUAAGAAACUGUAACUGUUGCCGGGUUGGCUGUGUUAUUUUUAUUUUUUUUUAAAUCAAACUGAGGUUUGUUUUUUGUGUUUAUGAUAAUGGAAAGAGGCAUAUCUCUGUUGCUCUGUAUCUCUUUGUAUUCAUGUGUUUUUUUUUGGCAGAUGAAAGGACUCUGGGCAUCAACCAUGAAGAUUUUCUUAUUUUUAGAUUCUAAUAAUGUGUUUGAGAAUAAAGUCAGUGCUGCACUGAUGUGCAGUCAUUACUUCAAAA